UUCAGUCCAUAUAAUGUUACUUGUAUGUAUGUUCUUAGGGCUGACCAUUCAGCACUGGGCAACCAGUUGGUGUACUCUCUGAAUGCUCUUCUUAUGGGCCAUCAGUUUGGUGCAGGAUUCCCCACUUCCUGAGGCAUCAGUCCCAAGAUCCUUCAUUUGAGCCCCUGGUUUUUUUUUUUUUAUUACUACAAUUGCUACUAUCUCCACCACGAUUCCUUUUAUUCCUUAGCCUCUCUGAACCUUCCUGUAGAGGUGAGCCCAAUUUCUUGUCUUUGGUUUUCUUCAUUUAAAAUCCUAGAGUGGUUUCUGUUUUCAGAUGGGGUUCUGACUGAAACAGAGCACUAAAGGAUUUGGGUGGCAGAUGGUACUUUUUCACUACUGUUUUGUGAUGGGCAUCCCAAGGAAGAGACAUUUUGACUGAUAAAUAAUGGAAGGGGCUCAAGGGGUGACAGGCACCAAACCUGAUUUUGGAUUAAGAGUGAUUCUCAAUUCAUUUUUACACGUUUUCCCAAGAUAACAUUGGAGCACAUUCCUCCAAGGCCCGAAAGAGAUCCAGGUGGAAAGUAAGGAAGAUUGACUAGGAAGCCUGUUGAGAUUCCAGAGCAGAAUUUUGGAGGUCCAGGUUUAGGAGCCAACCCUAUUGUUUGUGUUCCUUGAAUUUGCAGUCUAACCCCAAACUGAUAGGUCAGGUCAGCUGAGCUCUGGGAAAAUCCCAUAGUCUCUCCCUUUUGAGAAAUCUAAGGUUUGUCAUGAACUCUGUUUCCUGGUGGCUGGGCUCCUCACGUUUCUAGAGGAGCUCAGACAAGUCACGCUCAUGCUGUUUCUGAGAUUUCUUCACCUGAGCCUCCCAGACGCAACUGGCAGGAGCAACUGGCUAUCUUCCACCUUCUACAUUUGCCACACCCCACAAAAGAGGCUGGAGCCUCCUGCACUCAUCUAGAUAAAUGACCUAGGCUGUGUCAAAACCCAUCACUGCACCCAGGAGCUGCCCCAGCUAUGAUUCGGUCUCCUGGACUUUCCACAAAGACUCUUCUUGCCAGGUACCAGGACAAACCUACUAUGGAAAACUAUCCAGGAGACACCAGAUUUGGAGUAAGAAGCAGUGCUCAGACCGGGAAGGUGUCCGACUUGAACCAGCAGGUGUGGAUCCUUCGUGGUCAGAGCCUUGUGGCAGUUCCACAGAACAACAACGUCACCCCAGUCACCAUCGCUGUCCUCCCGUGCAAGUAUCCAGAGUCUCUUGAGCAGGGCAAAGGGAUUCCCAUUUACCUAGGAAUCCAGAAUCCAGAUAAAUGCCUGUUUUGUGAGGAAGUUGAUGGACAGCCCGCUUUGCAGCUCAAGGAGGAGAACAUUUUGGAUCUGUACAACAAUCCUGAGCCCGUGAAACCCUUCCUGUUCUACCACACCCAGACCGGAACAACAUCCACCUUUGAGUCCGUGGCUUUCCCUGGCAGUUUCAUUGCCUCCUCCAAGAAUGGCCAGCCCAUCUUCCUCACGUCAGAACAGGGGAAAUAUCACAACAUUAACUUCAAUUUAGUUUUAGGGCCUUAAACUCAGCAUAGAGGCAGAGGGUUGAUUAGAAAUCGUUGUCUUAAAAUUUUUAUUUGAUCUGUGGAGUUUUUAUACUGAGAGGUGAGCAGGACCAGCAUUAUCUCAUUUCAUAGAUGAAGGAGCAAUAAAGCAGAAUAUGUACUCCAAAGUAGGUGGAAUGGGAGCGGUGUAAGGCUGUCCUCUGAGGCUGAAGUGGUCCAACCCACAAGGCAUCAUGCCUGAGAAAUAGUGCCACAGUGUAUAAAACCUGGAAUGCCCUAUGAGUGGUGAUAUCCUUGUUUCCAAGCCAUUGGACUAAUUCAUACCAGAUUUUCACACACUUAUAAUAUCAAAUCCUUGCAUUUGGAUAGCAGAGACUUCACAAUAACAUUCACUGCAACGGCCAGUUGCUUUGAUCCUCUAGCAACUGACCUCUGUGUGGAGCUGGACACACUAGGAAAGGGUUUAGGUUCUUGGGUGAAUGAACAUUUUUAAAAAGCAACUAGAGCUAUGCAAACUAUGUUGGGGUACAGCGGUUGCUCCUUGAAGAGUGAGAAUGCUUCCUGGUGAUUCAUAAAUAGCUAGAUCAGUUAACUUGGCUUGAGCAACCCUUUCCUGAAUCAUCCCGGUGGAGAUGAAUACUGAGAACAAUGUGUAUGAGUAAUAGUGCUUGUCAAUAAAACACUAACUUUUAUUAUUUUA